AUGAAUCGUGCCAUGCAGGUGAAACCGGCCGACACCGAGAGCCGACCAGCCAGUCCGAAAGACAAGGUCGAUGAUAAGAAAUUGUUCGUCGGGAUGCUCUCGAAGCAUCAAUCCGAGGACGAAGUUCGAGCUCUGUUCGCCCCUUUUGGUGUUUUGGAAGAGGUGACCGUGCUACGAGGCGCUGACGGUGCGUCGAAAGGUUGCGCUUUUGUGAAGUUCAAAAACGCUUUGGACGCUCAGAUGGCGAUCACCGCACUUCACGGCAGUCAGACGAUGGCCGGUGCCUCGUCCAGCUUGGUCGUCAAGUACGCCGACACUGAAAAGGAACGACAGGUCCGUCGAAUGCAGCAGAUGGCCGCGCAGAUGGGUCUCCUAAAUCCGGUGCUCGUCAACCAGGUCGGCGCCCAAUACAGUGCCGCAUAUCAGCAG